AUGAACUCUCAGACAUACGCUCAAGUAAAACUGCCUGACGGCACUACUUACGAGCAACCAACAGGCAUAUUCAUUGGAAAUGAAUUUAGACAGUCUGGUGAUAAGACAGUGAUCGAGUCUAUCAAUCCCUAUACCCAGUUGCCCAUUGCAUCUAUUGCUCGAGGAAAGCUUGCAGAUGUCAAUGCUGCUGUUGCCGCUGCUAAGGCUGCCUUCGGUGGCUGGCGUGACACAUCACCUCAAGAUAGAGGUAAACUACUUAGCAAACUAGCAGACUUAAUAGAGCGAGACGUUGAAAUUUUGGCCAAAAUCGAGUCGAUCGACGGUGGCAAGCCCGUACACAUUGCCAAGGGCGCCGACGUUCUCGCUUCAUCUGCUUGCAUUAGAUACUACUCCGGGUGGGCGGACAAAAUUAAGGGAGAUACCAUCGAGACCGAUCCGGACACUUUGAACAUAACUAUAAGAGAACCCGUGGGUGUCUGUGGAUUAAUUAUUCCGUGGAAUUUUCCUCUUCUUAUUACAUGCUGGAAGCUUGGGCCUGCCCUAGCCGCAGGCAAUACCGUGGUUAUUAAACCUGCAGAGCUCACUUCACUUUCUGCGUUGUAUUUGGCAAAGCUUGUGGUUGAAGCUGGCUUCCCUCCGGGCACCGUCAACGUGGUCACGGGCCUUGGCAAUGAAGCUGGGCAAGCAUUGACGGAGCAUCCGGACGUCAAGAAGAUAUCGUUUACCGGCAGCACGCCCGUUGGUAAGGCGAUACUGAAAACGUCUGCCGAUACCAAUCUGAAAAAGGUUACUUUGGAGCUUGGAGGAAAGUCCCCAAGCAUCGUUUUCGAUGACGCCGAUCUGGACCAAGUCGUCGAGGCAGUGAAUGGCGGUAUCUUUUACAAUAUGGGGCAGAACUGUUGCGCCAGUAGCCGUGUCUACGUCCAGGAGUCUAUAUACGAAGACUUUCUCAAGCGAUUUGCCGCCCGGGCUCGACAGAAUAAAUUGGGAGACCCGUUUCACGAGGACAAUUUUCUUGGCCCGCAGAUUGAUGGCAAGCAGCACUCCAAAAUCAUGGGUAUGAUUCAAAGAGCGAAGGCAGAUGGCGUUGGAGUUGUCACUGGCGGCACCAGCCCCGAGGGCUGGUUUAUUGAGCCCACAAUCUUCCGUGAUGUCAAACCAUCAGCGGAAAUCAUGCAACAGGAGGUUUUCGGCCCUGUCGUUGCUGUGGCCCCCUUCAAGGAUAUUGAUGAUGUUUUGGAAAAAGCACAUGACACCAUUUAUGGCCUGGCCGCUGCAGUCUUCACUUCGGAUAUGAAACGAGGCAUCCGCUUAUCGAAGAUGCUUCAAGCUGGUUCGGUUUGGGUAAACAACUACAAUAUGAUCUCACAUGCUCUUCCAUUUGGAGGAUACGGGCAGAGUGGAAACGGCAAAGACUUGGGAUACGAGGGCAUUGAAGGGUACACACAGCUUAAGACUGAGACUCAGCGAAAACUACUCACGCUUAACAAGGGAAUCAUGUCGUAUCCCCGCGAGGAAAGACCCGAUCCUUUGGGCAAGAUCCGAAGUCUGAGCCCAAUCGAAUGCGGAGAAGACGCAGCAAAGCAUUUUCUGCACGACGCCGACUAUAUUAACCUUAAUCACGGAUCUUACGGCACAUAUCCGAGGGAGGUUCGCGACGUUCUUCGUCACUACCAAGAUCGAGCCGAAGCCAGGCCUGAUCACUUUGUUCGUUAUCAGUAUCGUGUCGACCUACUCAGGGAGUCUCGAGAAGUACUUGCAGAGUACUUAGAUGUCCCGGCCGAAUGCUGCGUCUAUGUUCCGAAUGCAUCCACAGGCAUCGACACGAUUCUGCACAAUUUCAACUACAAGCCCGGAGAUGUGAUUAUUGGGUUUCCUACAAUUUACGAUUCUUACGAGUCUACUGCGAAGUAUCUCAACGAGGUCACACCUGCAGAGUUCAAAAAGAUCGAGUACACUUAUCCAAUCUCCGAUGAACUUAUUUGCCAGGCUUUCGAGGAUACCGUCAAGGAGCUCUUACAACAGGGCAAGAAGCCAAAAGUCGCAUUAUUUGACACUAUAUCCUCUCUCCCCGGGCUUCGAAUGCCUUUUGAGCGUCUAACGAAGAUAUGUCGCUUGUACAACGUUCUUUCGCUCAUCGAUGGAGCCCAUGGAGUUGGAAUGAUCCCGUUGCAUCUCCGGCAGUUGGAUGCUGAUUUUCUCGUCAGUAAUUGCCACAAGUGGCUCUACACCCCAAGGAGUUGCGCGUUCCUAUACGUGCCAGUCCGCAACCAGCAUCUCCUCAAGAUAACAUUUCCAACCGGUUUCGGUUUUCUCGAAUUUCCCAAAGACGAGGACGCCCGGAAGCUGGUCUCAAACAACUUUAUCGAAAACUUUGCUGAUCUCAACACGAGGGACGACACUUCUUAUCUCUGCGUCAGGGCUGCGCUGGAAUGGAGGAAGAAGCUGGUGUGGAAAGACAAACAAGGAGAGGAGGCUAUCAUGAGCUACCUGUACUACCUCGCGGAGCAGGCCGGAUCCAUCUUCGCUGCGGCGCUCGGGACAGAAGUUCUAAGUCAGGGGAUCACCAGUAUGGUCAAUAUUCGCCUGCCCUUGGCGAUGGACAUAAUUACGGGAGGAGUGCCGCCAAACGUAGGUGAAGUGUCGGCGUGGGUCAUGAAGGAGAUGAUGGAACAACAUGGCACCGCUAUCAACCUUACCUUCUAUAACGGUGCUCUCUGGAUCAGGCUGAGUGCUCAAGUAUACCUGACUGUGCAAGAUUUUGAGGUUGCUGCUGGGCGUCUCAAGAUCAUUUGCGAUACUGCAUCAAAGCGCAUUUGGAAUUUCAGGUCUUCGUAA